UUUUACCACGUCAAGUUUACAUGUCUAGUUUGCUAGACAUGUAAGGUCUAUAAAUAAUAGCAAUUUAUGUCUCGAUAAUAUUAUCAAACUCGUCAAUAAUUACCUAAAUCAAAAUUAGUUAAGUAUUUUCCUCUAAAGAAAUAACUGUUUUUACUCCUGAAUCAAAAUCUAACCCCAGACUACAUACCACAAAACUCUCUUGUUAGCCAUGGAAAGAGCCAACUCGCUUCUUCAAGCUCCAACUUACGGUAACUUAAUCACUAUUCUUAGCAUCGACGGAGGUGGAGUCCGAGGGCUGAUUCCCGGGACCAUUCUAGCCUUCUUAGAAGAUGAACUUCAGAAAUUGGAUGGAGAGGAUGCGAGGCUAGCGGAUUACUUCGACGUGAUGGCAGGAACCAGCACAGGAGGUCUAGUGACAGCCAUGCUGGCUGCACCAAAUGAAAACAACCGCCCUUUGUUUGCUGCCAAAGACAUCAAGCAAUUCUACUUAGACCAUUGCCCCGGGAUUUUCCCUCAAGAGAAGUAUGCAUCGAUCCCUAUUUUAAGGUCUGUGUUUGGUCAUGCAAGUAAAAUUUUGAAGUCACUUGAAGGACCCAAAUAUGAUGGGAAGUAUUUGCAUGAAAUUGCAAAGGAAAAGUUAGGAAAUACAAAGCUACAUCAAACUUUGACUAACAUUGUUGUCCCAACAUUUGACAUCAAACGUAUGCAGCCGGUUAUCUUCUCAAGUUAUGAGGUGAAAAGGACUCCAAGCUUAGAUGUGUUACUCUCGGAUAUAUGCAUAGGCACUUCAGCUGCACCAACUUAUCUUCCAGCCCAUUAUUUCAAGUAUGAAGGACAUAGUGGUGAAAUCCGAGAAUACAAUCUUAUUGAUGGUGGUGUCGCUGCCAACAAUCCGGCAUUGGCAGCAAUAAACGAAGUAUCAAAUGAGAUAUAUACUGGUAGCCCAGAUUUCUACCCUAUAAAACCAUCAGAUUAUAAUAGAUAUUUAGUAUUAUCCUUAGGAACUGGUACAACCAAAUGUGAUGAGAAGUAUGAUGCUGACUCAGCCGCAAAAUGGGGUAUGCUGAGUUGGCUUACAUCUGGAGGGUCCUGCCCUUUAAUUGACGUGUUUAUGCAAGCUAGUGGUGACAUGGUGGAUCUUCAUCUUAACACUAUCUUUAAAGCUCUUCAUUGUGAGAAAAAUUAUAUCAGGAUCCAGGAUGAUACAUUGAUGGGGGAAAUAUCAUCUGUUGAUAUUUCAACUAAGGAAAAUUUGGGUAACCUAGUGAAAGCUGGGGAAGAGUUGCUGAAAAAACCUGUUUCAAAUGUGAAUUUGGCUACUGGUGUAAGUGAGCCUAUUAGUCGUCAUACUAAUGAGGAAAUUCUCAAAAGGCUUGCAGAGGUGUUGUCGAAGGAGAGGCGGCUACGUUACAUAAGAUCACCUCAGGGGAACGGGCGUGCUAAUUACGGCCAUGCCCAAACUGGACAAGCCGAAACAUCCUAGUCAAGUAAAUCAAAUCUUGCCGGAUGAAAACAUCAGUUGCAUCUCAGUUUUUUCAUUAUCACCUUUUCUUUUCUUUUUUUUUUUUUUUGGUUUGAUACCAUAUGUUAUUUUUUAUAUACAGAAGAAAUAAAUGUUGCUGCUUAUAUUGUUGUUGAUAUUAUUGUCUUUUAUUACUUGUAAUUUUCUCAAUCAAAGGAAAUUUAUUUAAUAAAACAUGGUCUACUUAAAUCUA